CCCAGUCUUAUAAUUAAAUAUACUUUAUGUGACAGUUGUCCAAAUCCACCAUGUCACAAAAUUGUUUCUAAGAUCCAAUUGAAAAGAGAGAAUAGUUCAAGUUGGCAGCCAUGAAGGAAGUGCGUGUGACGUAUUUAUGAGUCACCCAUUAAUGGAGUCGUAAGUAAGUGUGUGGUAUUAUCAGUUGCAAGUUUCAUUUAGUUUGUUCGUAGUUUCCAUUCAGAAAAGGCUAUUGCAGUUAUUGUUUGAGGAAGGAAUGUGUAAGCAGAAAGAAAAAAAUUGGUUUUUUAUAAUUUAACCAUGGACCCCCCAGAACGGCCAUCACGCCAUCGAAAUCAUGACAAAUGGAGGAGAAUUAUUGAACCAGCUGGUGAUUCUGAAUCUUCGGAAUGGAGUUCUGACUCAGACGUGGGCACAGCAAUGUCCUCGUUCAGUUCUUAUCAGUCCUUUGAACCUACUACAAUGGCAAAUGGCUCCUCAUCUUUGAGCACAAACAGAGAGAAACAUUCUUCAGUGACUCCAGCUGCUCAGAGCAAACAGUCAAGAGACCCUUCAUCAGUCUGUCAUAUUUUGGAUUCCUUUAACUACAUGUUUGACUCCUCCGGUGGACUGAAGAGGUACGAAGGAUUGGAUCCAGGUGCGGGAACAUCUGCAACCAACUACAGCCAUCUGCUGCACCAUGACUAUGCAGAGAGGGAUGCUAACAAUGACAGGAGUUCAGCGAGCGAUCCUCUCUGGUACGAUCGCUCCAUGUACACUUCGUUGUGUGGUUGGGGGCAAAAGAGACAGCAAUUUAUGAAUAAACCCAUGCAAGUGAUUGACUGCCGCGUAACUCCAAAUACUUCUUCCAUCAGCAGUUGUGGUAUGUCUAAUACUAUCACUCCUGAUCAGGCGGUGAUACAGGGUCCCGAUAUUGGUAGCGCCCCUGCCAGCGGCAACAACAUCGGCCAAGAAGAUGGCGAAGGGUGGAGGACUCUGUCAAAUAUUGCAAGGUUGAAUUCCCCGUCCAAGAAGCCGCCAUCAUUGUUCGGGCCGUCGGAUUCUACUGCUGUCAGCUCUGCAGAUACUUCUGAUACCACUGCUGCUACUACUGCACCAGACUGCUCGGAUGCUGUCCCAGGGCCUUCAGCACAAUUGCAGACGCAGGCAGGCCAACGUGAUUCCACUGUCAUGUCUGCCAUAAUGGAUGUACCAUUAAUUCCCAUUUCACCUCCAGGAUUCAUGUGCCCCCCAGCUAGUUGGUAUGUUCAGAAGAAAGUGCAAAGGCGAUGCAACAAACAAGUGAGGUUCCAGGAUAAUACGUUUCAACGUGAGUCUUGUGUACCACGGUUGAUUCCUGAAGACUGUAGCUCUGCUGCUUCUCAUACAUUUGAGGAUCCUUCUGAGAUACAGGUCUUAUCGAUGGCUGGGCCCUCAAAUCCUUCGUACGCUCCUAGUCCCCAGUGCUUGAACCUUACGGGUCCUGAAAAACCACCCAUGAAUGAAUCUCUCCAGAGCACGCCAGAUGUAGUGGAGGCAGAUGAAGGGGGAGUGGAGGUCAUCAUGGUGGAUGAUCCCCAACCACAACGUGGGGAGAAGCGCCAAGCAGGCAAGCCUCAAGAAUGCACCGAUGAACCAAGUUGGAAGCGAAUCAGAGAUGAGGAUGAGAUUCUUAACCAAGGACUGAUUGGAUUGCUGGAGUGUCCAGUUUGCAUGGAGUACAUGGGUCCACCAAUACACCAGUGCCGCCGAGGACAUCUUGUGUGCUCUACAUGCAAACCCAAGUUACCAAGCUGCCCAACAUGUCGCUCUCGUUUUACAGAGUCUCGAAACCUUGCCAUGGAAAAGGUUGCUGACAAAUUACACUAUCCGUGCAAGAAUGCACACCUGGGAUGCACGGACACACUUCGUCUACGUGACAAAGAUGGACACGAAGCAAAUUGCGCAUACAGGAAUUAUCGCUGUAUAAUGGUACCUCCCUGUGAAUGGAAGGGUCAGCAUAGUGACAUCCUACGCCAUGUGAUUAUGUCACAUCCUGAUGUACUUCUGCGAGGAUCAGAACACGUUUUGGAAAUGCGCUUAGGGAACCUCACUGAGCAGUCUAGUCAGAACUGGUUUGUGUCGGCGCUGGGUGAACUGUUUCGAGUGAACCUGGGUGCUGUACGCGGAGGGCGUGUCCAAAUAUUCGGAUGUGUAUUGCUUCUUGGUCCGUCUAGAGACAGUCGCUGGUGGAAGCUGAGGGUUGUGUAG